UUCAGGAAAUGAGAGUGAAAACAAAACCUCACAAAUGAGACCUGCGCAUAGUCAUUUUCUAGCUGAAGUUGGGACAUAUUAAUCGGCAUAAAAAAAUAUAUAUAAAAAAUGGAAUCUGGUGCCUAUGGGGCCUCGCUGUCCGGAGGUGACUUCGAUUUUAUGAGCUUUGUUAAACAACCUCAAACCAUAGUCCGCAUCUUGAGCUGGAUCUUUUCCAUAGUGGUGUUUGCCACCAUCACUGGAGAAGGCUAUGUCAACCCUUCACUCCUGCCUGACACCAAAUGCAUGUUCAACAGGAAUGACAGCGCAUGCGGCUUCGGAGUGGGUAUUGGAAUUUUGGCCUUUCUCGCCUGCGUCGUCUUCAUCAUACUGGACGCCUACUUCCCUCAGAUCAGCAACGCCAAAGAGAGGAAGAACAUUGUCACUGCUGACCUGGUCUUCUCUGGAGUGUGGACGUUGUUCUGGUUCAUCUGCUUCUGUGUCCUGACCAAUCAGUGGUCUCACACCACCGAAGUAGCAGGCAUCCCUGUCGACGCCGCCCGAGCCGUAGUGGCCUUCUCCUUCUUCUCCAUUGUCACUUGGGCUCUAUUGACUACAUUUGCUUAUACAAGAUAUCGCCAAGGAGUGAGUGACCUUGACCAGGGCUACACAGACCCAGCCUAUGACAACAGCACUCCUUACCCAUCCACCUCCGCCUAUCCCCCGUACCCCACCAGUGGGCCAGAGGGCUACCAGCAGUCCCCUUUCACCCCCCAAAACCAAGAGCAUCCAGCACCAUACCAGCCCCCGUCUUACUGAGGGACUGGACCAUUGACCAGAUUUGGGGGGGGUUUGAGUUUUUAAGUUGCCAUUGGUGCCUGUAGCCUGGUCCCAGAUCUGUCUGUGCUGUCUUGCCAACUCCUACGGUCAUGCCAAACACAAAACGAUCUGGGACCAGGCUAUGUUGCCUCAGCUAUGUGGACUGAUCUCAGCACUUCACUGGUCCUCUCCUUUCACCUAACUGUUUAAGUCUUAGCAGGUGUUGCGCUUACAUAAUGAAGGGUGUGUUGACAUGAUUUCAGUUGGUAUUCAUAUUGUAGUUUAGGUUGUGAAUGGAUAUUUUGCUGCAUUUUUAUACAUACAACUAGAGUGCCUGAGCUGAGCUUCAGGUAGAAUCUAAGGAAAACUGUUACUAGGGUAAAACCUAGAAUGCCAUGUAAAAAUGUGAGAUUCAGAGUGUCAUCACCACUUGAGGUAACUGUCAUAUGUUCUUUCUGUUGUUCUCUGCACUGUUUGUCUUGUAACAUAUGUAAUGCAGUCAUGUGGACACUGAAGUUCAGAUCAAACCACUGAAACAUAUGUCGCUGUCGCUGGGAACAUUGCUUUGUAUUGCAAAUAAUGAUGCUAUGCUAUGCUAUGGACACACUGUAUUUUUCUAUGCUGCCUAAUCCAGUUAUAUGGUAUAGUGCAUAUACAAAUACCUUUUGAUAAUUUCAAUGAUCUAGCCAGCCCAGGAUAUCAGAACUUAUUGCCAUAUAUCUAGAAAUCAAAUGUAUUGCUAAGUUAUUGACAAACGAAGACUGUUUUUGUUUUUCUCUGCAAACCCAUUUUUUAUUUUACCUUUAUUUUACUUGGCAAGUCAGUUAAGAACAAAUUCUUAUUUUCAAUGACGGCCUAGGAACAGUGGGUUAACUGCCUGUUCAGGGGCAGAAUGACAGAUUUGUACCUUGUCAGCUCGGGGAUUCAAACUUGCAACCUUUCGGUUACUAGUCCAACGCUCUAACCACUAGGCUACCCUGCCGCCCCAUACUUUUAUUUGUCCCAAUAAUGGGUGCACUGUCUGAAAAAUGCUACCUUUAACGACUACUGUAUAUCAGUGCUUUUAAAAACCACCACUGAACUCACUCAGAGCCUAUUUCCUGUACCCAGUUUAAACCUACUUCUGGACUGAAACUCACGCUUAAUGGAAAAGCUCCAUUGCAAGUAGAUUUUCAUCCAGGAAUAGGUUUAUUAAUCUUGGUCUGGGAAACCAGCAGAACAUUUUUGGGGGGUAAAUUGGAUAACACGUUAUCUUUCUGUCAUUUGUAGUACAUGCUCCCAAGUCAUGUUAACCCUUUCAUUUGAUCUUUAUUGUAGUUUCAAACCAGUCUGUAAUAUAUCUGGUAAACGAGGGUGUGUGUUUAGUAUCAGGAACGCCCUCUCCUCAACUUGUUUGUCUCCUACCUACCUCCUAUUCCGAACGUGCCUGAGAACGGUUUUAUUCACUUCUGGUGUGUUCUUGUCCAUGACACACACCUUUUCAGACAAACUCAUAUCAGAAUUCUCAUAGAUGAGUUUAACAAAAUACCAAUUCAAUUCAAGGGCUUUAUUGGCAUGGGAAACAUGUGUUAACAUUGCCAAAGCAAGUGAGGUAGACAACAUACAAAGUAGGUAAUAUAUACAGUAUAUUGAAUUGUAAUUGUAAUGGUAUUCCAUUGAAAGAAAAUGAGUAGGCUGCCAGUACAUUUCAAUAAACUAGUGAACUAUUAACAAAAUAUAAUUACAAAAUAAUACAUAUGGGAGCAGUCAGCAUACUACAUUAGGACACACAACUGCAAUGUGUUUUGACUACUAGUCUUUCUCAGGCAGCGUUGUGAUAUUAGAUUGAAAUUGUUUUGUAAAUGACCUAUGCCUUUUAAUCCUGCUGGGCAUGACAAUGAAUUCCAUACAGUACCAGAGUAAGAACCUUCAUCAAAAACGACAUAUGGUUCUGCCUUUGUUCUUGGUAUAUCUUUGGUAUAAGCUCAUUUAUUUACGUUAUCUCUGAUGAAGUGAUCUCACCAAUUAUUAUGCCCUCUUUCUUGGGUUUCAAGAUUGCACUGAGCUUUGCAGUCUGUUGCACAAAGUGCCUUAUAAAAGCCUACUACACCACCAACCGAACCUUUGCCAAAUAAAGGCUUUUCCUGUUUGGA